AUGUCGAAGAUACUCUCGGACAGCUCGGAGAAGGUGCCCUACGAGGCCAAGGUUGUCCCGCUCGACGGCGGCGGCCACGCCCACGAGGACGUCGAUGUCUACCGUACCGGCGGCGACGCCGAGCACCAGCUCGUCGAGACGCCGGGCCUCAAGCGCCAGCUCAAGUCGCGUCACAUGGCGAUGAUCUCGAUUGGCGGUGUGAUCGGCACCGGUCUGUUCCUCGGUACCGGCUCAGCCCUCAACCACGGCGGCCCGCUCGGCCUGUUCCUCGGAUACGCGCUCAUGGGCUCCAUCUGCUACGCGACCAUGAUUUCCGCCGGCGAGGUCAUCGCCUACCUCCCCAUCGCGGGCGGCCACAUCACCCUCUCUGCUCGCUUCGUCGACCGCGGCCUGGCCUUUGCCAUGGGCUGGAAUUACUGGUACAACUGGACGAUUAUCCUGCCUGCAGAGCUGUCCGCGGCGGCUGUGCUCAUCAACUUGUGGGACAAGACGACGAACAACGCCGCGUGGAUCUCAAUGUGCCUCGCCGUCGUGAUCAUCAUCAAUCUAUUCGGUGCAGGCGUGUACGGCGAGUGCGAGUUCUGGUUCGCAUCCAUCAAGGUCCUCACGAUCGUCGGGCUCCUCAUCGUCGGCCUAGUGAUCACAUGUGGCGGAGGACCGGACCACACGUCCAUCGGUUUCCGGUACUGGCGCAACCCUGGGCCGUUUGUCCAGUUCAACGGCAUUCCGGGGGCCAAGGGCCGCUUCCUCGGCUUCUGGGCCGUCUUGACGCAGGCAGCGUUCAGCUACAUCGGAACCGAGAUCCUCGCCAUCGCCGCGGCCGAGGCCAAGAACCCGCGCCGUAACCUCCCCCGCUCGAUCAAGCGCGUCUACAUCCGUAUCCUCGUCUUCUACCUCGGCGGCACGUUCAUGAUCGGCCUCCUCGUCCCCUCCAACGACCCGGGCCUCGCGCUCAACUCGGGCACGGCGCUCGCGUCUCCCUUCGUCAUCGCCAUCCGCCGCUCGGGCAUCAAGGUCCUCCCUAGCUUCAUCAACGCGUGUCUCCUCACCUCUGCGUGGUCGGCCGCGUCUUCGGACCUGUUCACCUCGUCGCGUGCGCUCUACGGUCUCGCCCAGGCGGGACAGGCCCCCGCAUUCCUCCGGUACACGACCAAGCGCGGCCUCCCCCUCUACUGCGUCGCCAUCUCCGCCAUCUUUGGCGGGCUCGCGUACAUGAGUCUGGGCGAGACGGCCGGUAUUGCCUUUGGAUACCUCGCCAACAUGACCGCUGCUGCCGGUCUCAUCUCAUGGUGGGGCAUCAACCUGCUCUACAUCCGCUUCGCGGCCGGCAUGCGCGCCCAGGGCAUCGACCGCAAGACGCUCCCGUACUGGUCAUACGCCAACACUCACUCCAUUGCCGCCUACUACGCCAUCACGAUGAUCAGCAUCAUCCUCUUCUUCUCCGGCUUUAGCGUCUUCCUCAAGGGCCGCUGGAAGGUCGGUGACUUUGUCACCACCUACAUCCCUCUGUGGCUCUUCCCCCUCCUCUGGAUCGGGUACAAGCUUAUCACCAAAGCCAAGUUUGUCCGCGCCGACGACAUGGACUUCCACACCGGCAUCGCCGAGGUCGAGGCUGAGUGCUACGAGGAGCCGCCGCCUCGUAACUUUAUCGAGCGAUUCUGGAGCUGGCUCAUGUGA